GUUUAUGAAUAUGGCGGGAAAGUUCAUUUCAAAAACAUGGCGGAAAUGUCACACAGCGAUUACUUAUUUACUCGUGAAGAUGGGGGCUCUUUAUGCUUCCAUUUAGGCCCAAGUGAAGAAAGGAAGAGAUUAGCCCCUCUGAUAAGGCAUGGUGGAGGUGAGAUAUCUGGAAAGCUUAGGGCAGAUUCUAUAAAGUUGAUUCUACCUGGUUCUACAGCAAGUGAUGAUGGCUUUGUACUCUCUACUUAUAUAGAUGACUGUGUGGAGAAGAAUCACCUACUACCUAUGGAGAAAUACAGUGUGGAUAAGAAUGAAGUGGCACGUGAUAAUGAUGAUGACUUAGAACCAGCAAAUUACAUAGUGCAGGCUCCUUCGAGCAAGAGUAAAACUGGCCGGAGAGCUUACCUGUUAUCAGAAGACAUCAACAUUAUAAAGUUCAUUUGUGAGGAGCAUAGUCACAAUGAAGUGCGCGGUAAUGCCAUCUGGAAGAAAAUGCAGAAACUUGAGAUCACCAAGCAUCCAUGGCAAUCAAUGAGAGAUAGGUACAUGAAGAAAAUAUUGCCAAACAUCAGUUCAUACAGGAUUAAGUCACAAUGGAUGUCUUUACUUACCAACAUGCGUGAGGGAACUAAAAUAAAUGAUGAAGAUGGAACUUCAUCUAGAAAAUCUGGCAGCAAGAGAACCUCUGAUAAUGAUACAGAUGAUGGUGAGGUAGAGAUUAGCGAAUUUGGAACAUCUGGUGAUGAAACUGACAGUAUAAAUGAUGACAAUGAGUUCGAUAGACAACAUUUGAAAGUUGCUAUACCUGAUGAGGACCAAGAUCCUCAGGAAAAUAGUCCAGAUAUUGAUCAUAUUAAUGGAACUUCUACAUCAACAGGAAAUGCAUGUUCAAUUGUUAGUUCCAAAUCAAAAAAUGAUAGAACAUCACCCAAGAAAAGGACAUGUGAUAACGAGGAAAGUGCCAUUAGUGAUGAGGAUGAAUUUGAUCAGAUACUUAUUAAACAAGCAUCAAAUGCAGCAAAUGGUAAAGAAUUUCAUACAAAUACAAAACAAUCCCCGAAAAAGACAAAUGAAGCAAUAGACUCGCCUACCAAAAGAAAAAGGGGUCAUUCAAAGCAACCUACAUCUGUACCUGACAGCAUAGAUUCCCCUUCAAAAAGAACAAGGGCUCAAUCAAAAGUAGAAGAAAAUCAAAUUGACUUAAUUGAGUUUUCAACAAAUGAUGAUAUUUCCCCCAUGAGGACAAGGUCAAAAAAUGAUAAAGAUAAAAGUGGGAAUAAAUCCAUUGAAAAAGAAUCUCAGACUUCUCCUGAAAAGUCACCUAAAAAAACGAAGUCUCGGUCAAGUAAAAGAACCAGAAGUGGAGAUGUUUCUUCAAGUACGAGAAGCAAUAGUAAGGAUAAGAGAAGCAAUAGUAAGGAUGCUUCUUUUAAAAGAAGCAGUAGUGGUGAUGGCUCUUCAAAUAAGAGAAACAGAAGUAGGGAUGUUUCUUUAGUAGAACCACAUCAGUCAUCGCCAGAGAAAAGCAAACAAGAGCGUGGGAGAGCAAAGAGAAGGAGAGUUAUAGAUGAUGAAAAAGUUACUGAUCCUGAUGAGAGUACAAGUCAGGAUGAUAACAAUAGAGACAACAGUCAAUCACUUUUAGACACUCCCAAAGGAAGAGAAAGAAGGAAAAAUGCAAAGGGUGGGCUUCAGGAGUUUAUCAAUCGAACUGAUGAGUUGCAAUCACAAGUUCCAGACUCCCAGAUGCCUGAUUCACAACUAGAUGAUGAACUAAGUGAUGCUGAUGAUGUCAGUGAAAAAGAAAUGCAAAAAUCUUUACGGCUUAUUUCAAAAUUAUCAAAGAAGUUUAAGCUGACAAAAGAGACUGUUGGAAGAUUACUGUACAACUUCAGUGGAAGGGUGUCUUUACUCAUAGACUACUUACAGGGAGAGGAGGACUUCUCAGGUUGGAUAUCAGAUGAUGAUGCCAAGGUCCAGAGAGAAUUACACUGUGUGAAAUCUGAACCUUUUGUAUCAUGGUGCCAUCUAUCUCAGGAAAGGAAAAAGUGCUGUGUUUUGAUGAUAAAACUACAUGUGCUUCCCCAAGGCAAAGUUUUGCCUCGUGACUACUUACUAUCACCAAAAGGUUAA